ACAUUCUUCUCCUUAACCUGAAACCUGUAACAACGGCACGCUAAAUUUCGCCGAUCAUUUAAUAAUUAAAACGCGCUUGAAUUAUGUCGAAAUCAGAAGAAGCUGAAUCGCACGAUCAUGACUCAAGUGAUUUUGACGAAGGUUCAAAGAAAGGAUUGGAGAAUCUUUUGUCAAAUCCUGCUUAUUUAACAUCAUCUAUGAAGCGGAUUUUAUUGAAAGACAUGAUUAAAAAUCUGCCUGAAGGAGCUCAAAAGCGUGUCAAGGCUUUAAAAAAUCUUCAACUUGAAUUUCUAAAGCACGAAUGCACAUUUUUCGAAGAAGUUUAUCAGCUGGAACGGAAGUAUCAGGAGAAGUAUGAAUCAAUUGCCGAAAAACGGAAGGAUAUCAUUGUUGGAGAUUAUGAGCCCACUGAAGCUGAAUCGCAGCUUAAAUCUGAUGAUGAAGAAGAACGUGAAGAAGAUGCAAUGAUGGAGGAAAAUUUGAAGUCACUCAAAGCUCCCAAACAUGAUGAAAAUGUCAAAGGAAUUCCUGAUUUCUGGCUAACAAUUUUCCGAAACGCGGAAUUGAUUAGCGACAUGAUUCAACCACAUGAUGAACCAUUGUUGAAGCAACUGACAGACAUCAGGAUCAAGUACGACGAAGAUUUGACAUACACAUUAGAGUUCUUUUUCGAACCGAAUGACUACUUCACUGAUUCGGUUCUCACCAAAAAAUAUUUUUUGCGUUGUAAGAUUGAUAGCGAUGAGCCAUUUGCUUUUGAAGGCCCAGAAAUUUACAAGUGCACUGGCUGGAACAUCAACUGGAAGCCUGGCAAGAACAUCACAGUGAAGACGGUCAAGAAGAAGCAGAGACAUAAGGCGCGUGGAGCUGUUCGUACCAUAACCAAGCAGGUGCCGAGUGAUUCAUUCUUCAACUUCUUCAAUCCUCCCGAUGUCCCUGAAGAUGAAUCCAAACUUGAUGAAGAAUCACAAAACAUUCUUGCUACAGAUUUUGAGAUUGGACAUUUCUUGCGUGCUCGCAUCAUUCCACGAGCUGUUUUGUUUUUUACUGGAGAUCUUGUUGAUGAUGAUAGUGAUGAAGACGAUGAUGAGGAAGAGGAAAUUGAAGAAGAGUCUGAAGAAGAAGAGGAAGCACCAGAACCUCCACAAAAGGGAACCAAAAAGAGAUCGAAGGGAGGAAAAGGAGCAGCUACACCAAACCCAGCUGAGUGCCAACAGCAGUAAGCACAACAUCAUGUUUUGAACUUUGGAAGGCUUUUUUUUCUUCAACUCAUCCCCAAGGAUGGAUUUACGAAGCAUCAACGCUUUCCUUUUAUCAUUACAUCAUUUUCUUUUCUCUUUCUUCUUAAUGUUAUGGUCAUACUCAACAUUAUUUUUUUAUUAUACCUCACACGAUUAUUUGGAUUUCUUUUCUUAUUGUCACAAAUAAACAAGAAUUUCAUUACACUCAAAGGUUUAAAUCAUAGAAAUAAAAUAAAUA